AUGAAGGCUCCGCAAAAUAUCCGAGAAGUACAGAAGUUAAAUGGCCGCGUCAAAGCACUGGGACGUUUCAUCUCUUCAUCGGCUAAAAAAUGCUUGCCAUUUUUUAAGCAACUAAGGAAUAUGAAAAAAUUCAGUUGGGAUGAAGAUUGUCAGAAAGCGUUUGAAAAUCUGAAGUCUUUCCUGACUCAGCCGCCAUUACUAAGUAGACCCAUCGCGGGAGAGAUGUUAUACCUCUACCUCUCAGUAGGAAAAGAGACAAUCCCUCCGUUCUGGACGCUUAAAGGCGCAGAGCUCAACUACCCAACCAUUGACAAAUUGGCAUUAGCUGUGGUGGUCACAACGAAGAAGCUCAAACCGUACUUCCAAGGGCACACAAUCAUUGUCCGAACAAAUCAACCCCUGCGCAAGGCUCUCCAUCGCCCAAAAACAUCCGGGAGACUAGUAAGCUGGUCAGUGCAGCUGGGAGAACACGAUAUCAGAUACGAGCCAAGGAAGACGCUGAAGGCACAGGCACUGGCAGACUUCGUCGCAGAAAUGACGGAGAAACCACCUGACUCAAUCACAGAGGACAUAACCUGGAACCUGUUCGUAGAUGGAGCUUCCAGUGAGCAAGGGGCAGGGGCAGGAAUAGUGUUGCUUGGACCUCAGACGGUGGUCAUAGAGCAUGCAGUACAUUUGAAGUUUAAAGCUACCAACAACGUGGCAGAAUAUGAGGCCUUUCUAACAGUACUCACAUUAGUGAAAGAAGUAAAAGCAGAAAAGCUAAGGGUCCAUAGUGAUUCCCAGCUGGUUACCAGCCAAAUCUUGGGUCAAUUCCAAACAAAAGAUGCCAACAUGGCAAAAUACAUGGAAAGAGCAAAGGUGAUGCUGAAGGAAAUAGAAAAGAACGGUGGGCAAUGGGAAAUAAUUCCAAUACCCAGAGAGAGAAACAUGAGAGCAGACGCACUAGCUAAAGCAGCCGCAGCAAAAAGUCCCCUAUAUCUCUCACUCUACAUGAAAGAGGAGAGGAUGAGUUCCAUAGUGGACGAGAAAGAAAUUCUACCAAUCACAGAGCUAGAUCCUUGGAUGCAACCCAUUGUCGCAUACCUAAACGAUGGAGUGGUCCCAGAAGGAAGGGCAGUAGCAGCAAAACUGGUACGAGUAUCGUCUGUCUACUCCAUGAUAGAAGGUACUCUGUACCGGACCUCGGUCACACACCCAUGGUCCAAAUGCAUUUCGGUAGAAGGCGGAGCGUAUGUACUGAAAGAUAUCCACGAAGGAGAAUGUGUGGCACACGAGGGAGCAGCCACCUUGAGCAGGAAAGCACUACUCCAGGGAUAUUAUUGGCCGACUAUGAAGAAAAACGCAGAAGAUAUGGUGAAAAAAUGCGACAAAUGCCAAAAAUUUGGCACAAUCAUAAGAACCCCGGCAGCCCACCAGUCAGCAAUUGGAAAUCCUUGGCCCUUCAUGACAUGGGGAGUAGACAUACUAGACCAUUCACCCCAGCUCGAGGGCAAGUUAAGUUCAUCGUAG